AUGGAUCAGGAGCAAGAUAACAAAGGCGAAUCAUCCUCUGUCUCAUUGAAGAGGAGGCGGAUCACCAGAGCAUGCGAUAGGUGUCAUCGUGGAGGCAUCAAGUGCGCACCCAGUGCCAGUUCCUCAUCUUGCGCUCCGUGUGCGGCUUUUGGCACACCCUGCACCUAUGAUCGUCCGGUCAAACGGCGAGGUCCUCCUGCUCGUUCUACCGACCGAGGCGGUUCAGGAGAGAGAUACGGGUCUCACUCUUUGGGCUAUCGUUCGGACGAAGCCUCGGGCUCCUGGGUGUACCACGAACUUGCUCCACCAUCUAUCGUUGAACGUCUUGUCGAGGCAUUUCACUCCAUCUCAUAUCCAAUACAUCCCUACUUCCAUUGGCCGACUUUUUGGCGUCGAGUUCGACGACAGCAGUACAAACAUGAUCGUGCUUUCUACGCUGUGGUCUAUGGCAUGUGUGCCAUGACACUCGCCCGUUUACGAGAUGGUGCAUCGAUGCCGACUGCGCAAGCUCUCACGCCGGAGGAUGUCCAUGAUGGACCGAGUAGCGAAGAUUUUUAUCAUGCGUCACUCCAAGCCAUGCCAUCAGAUUUGACCCUGUGCACAGAUUUCAAUUUUAAACGUGCCAAGGCGGUCCAGGCGGUGAUCACCAUACAAUAUGGGCAAGUGAGGGCGCUGUUAGGUCACCUGGGAGACUACACUACGAUGGUCUCCGUUGACGGUUUCCAUAACGAAGCGAGAUGGCCCCAGAAUCUCACGGAACCAGAAAUCCAAGAGCGUCGGCGGCUCUUCUGGUCGCUAUACCAACUAGACGUCUACUCUGCCAUCACGUGGGGUGGGAUGGUCCGGCAACGAGAAAGCCAAUGCAAUGUCCUCUACCCUGCUGAAGUGUUCGACGAUACCGACAUAACCGAAGAAGGCAUCACCUUACAUUCCCCACAUCCUGGUGCGGUACCUUUUUUGAAAGGCUGGAAUUUUGUGGUCGAUUUGUAUCGCAUACUCGAGCAUGCCGUGGGACAACUCAGAUCAAGACAGAUGUACUCUCCCGAUGACCCUUUGACACCUGUAACGGCGUUAUUCUCCACCCAGACCGGCCCGGCCCCGUCAGAGGUACUCGACUUAGUAUCCCGCCUAUACUCCAAGCUGCCGCCUGUGUUUAAGGGAGCGAACGCCAUGACGGGCAAUUUGAUCGACGAUCGGUUCGGAUUUCAGUCUGCUAACAUCAUUAUUACGAUGCAGACCGUGAAGAUGGUGCUGGCAGGAACGGAGGAUUCCUCUGUUCAGCAAAGGUGCGCCAUAGCUGGAGAUCUGCUGGAUGCUUUAGCAUCUGUUCCGACAGCAUAUAUACAAACUUGCUCGGCGCCCAUGUUGCAACAUCUUGCCGGAGUCGGUCACCUGCUCGGCAGCGUCAUUCAACGCCCGUUGUCUCAAUGGACAUAUCUGCAAGUCCGCAAUGUCCUAUUAGCUAUGGCCGACCUUUUGACCACGCUCGAAUCGUCUCUCUCACAAGCGGCGGGUCUCGCUCAAAAACUCAAAUCCCACGUUUCAAGGAUCGAUCAGUACAUGACCACUGCGGCAUUCCAGCACUCGCAACAGAGUCAGGUGUAUCACAGUGCUCUGCCGAGAGACAUCUGGUCCGGCUCAGAGCAGACAACCAGAUCCACGGUGAGUCUGAUCGAUUGA